AAAAUGAACCGCUUCAUUCUUUCCGCUUUCCUCCUUGUUGCCAUCUUUGCCAUAUCCGAUGCUGCCGUUGCUCAACAGCAGGUUAAGGACGGAGAAAAAGUUGAAAUCGAUGCUUUCAAGGGAGCCAAGGCAAUCAAGAGAACCGUUGCCGGUGGAGAUCAAAUCUUCCACCUUGACGGAGAUAACAAGGGAUCAUUUGUUGAUGCUAAGGGAAAGAAGAUUGAGUCAACCAAUUAUGAAGCUAAUAACGGAAUCCUUAUCAUUAAGAAGUUCACCAAGGCCGAUGUUGGAACCUACUCCGAGCACCCAGCUAAAAACACCGAAACCAAGCACGCUGAUGGAUCCAUCUCCGCUGUUCCAGGACUCACUCUUGAUAUCUCCCUGCAAUAAACAAAUUUCAUUCGGAAUGUGUUCUAAUAAUUUCUCUAAAUAAAAUUUUUAAAAC